ACAAUGAAGGAAACAAUACCAUUGCCACAAAUUCAACAAUUAAUUCAUGAUAUUAAAGUGGGCAAAGUUGAUGGCUCAUUUAAUAUAACCACAAAAACAUUGGAUUUGUUUAAACAAAUCAUAACAAAUGCCAAGUGGCAACAUGCUGAGGAAUUAAUGCAAACCAUACGUACGCAGGGCCAAAUUCUGCAAUCGGCAUUACCCCAAGAGACCGUUACAUCGAAUGUUACACGUCGAUUGUUGAAAAUUGUACGCGAGGAAUUUGAUUUGCUGCAAGCGAAGGUCCACCAUUUACCCGAUGAUUCCCAAGCCACGUUAUCCCUACAUAAAUUGGUUACCCAAACCAGCGAAUGUGAUGUAUGCGUAAACUAUGGUGUACCACGUGAUGGAUUGAAAGAAGCCUUACUCGAUCAUUUGGAAGAAAUUGAAACGGAAUUGGAAACCAGCUGUGAAAGUAUAUGUGCCCAGGCUGAACAGCAUAUACAUUCAACGGAAGUUAUACUAACAUUAGGUCAUACCCGCAGUGUUGAACACUUUUUGAAACGGGCCAUAAAGAAACGGCAAUCGUUGACCAUUAUCAUUGCCGAAUGUGCACCGGCAUGUAGGGGUCACAACUUGGCCGCCAGCUUGGCCAGCAACAAUGUCGAAAUCAUUGUCAUACCCGAUUCGGCCAUUUUCGCCAUGAUGUCUAGGGUUAACAAGGUGAUCAUUGGUACCCACAGUGUUUUGGCUAAUGGUGGUUUGCGUGCUGCCUGUGGCGCCUAUACGGUUGCAUUGGCGGCCAAACAUUAUUCAGUGCCGGUUAUUGUUUUGGCGCCCAUGUACAAAUUAGCACCCGUACAUUUAUGUUCAUACGAACAGGAUGCCUUCAAUUCGCUGGGUUGUGCUGAGGGUGUGUUGCCCUAUGAUUCAUCGGCAGCACGUUGUGCAAAAAUCUAUAGUCCCAUCUUUGAUUACGUACCCCCGGAAUUGGUGACAUUAUUUAUAUCGAAUACUGGCGGCCAUGCUCCUUCCUAUGUUUAUCGUUUGUUGACUGAACUUUAUCAUCCUGAUGAUUAUGAAAUGUAAUUGCCAGUUGCUUAUCCCUCUCUGUUUGU